AUGGAUUAUCCGAGAUCUGGCGCUUCAGGUGACCUGGCUUCGUUAGCAAAGCCAAAGCCGUUUAGUGUCAAGGAGAGCUCGUAUCGUAAGGUGGCUCAUAUCAGCAGCAGCAGAAAGCAGACAGUGCAACGAGGUGACAUCUCUAGUGCGAUACCUGAGCAGUUACUAAAGAGGUGUCCGAUGUCCAGAGAAGAGAUGGCGGCCAAUCGCACCGAAGGCCGAACUUUCGCGUUUUCCGAGACUGGUUCCGCUGGCAGCACAAGGAGUUUAGAUUCGGUGCCGCUGCACGUACAGCAAACUUCCGAGAAGGAGGUGGUGGACAGCAUGUCCGACGACGGCAGCAGCCGUUAUCAUAAGGAAGUUACCUCGACUCGAAGGCUCUCCAGCCAGCGCCAGCAUGCCGAGUCCAGUAUGCGACAAGGUGCCUCUGCAAUGAGUGUCGCACAGGCAACGACCGGCGAUGCCAUGCUUCCAGCUAAUGGCACUGCUGGCUACUCACACAGACAGUACACCUCGUACCGCGCGGAGAGCUAUGGCGGUAGCGGGGCCGGCGGCCAAACGAAGGUACAGUGGCAAGAGGGGCGUUCGUUUUCGCCCGGUCUAGACUCGUCGAAUCUGGCAGAAAGCCGACUAGCACAAGUUCCGUUGUCUUCGUUGGUGUCUUCCUCCACCGACGAAAGUCAAAAGGAGAGCGCGUCGAGCAUUUCCGCUGCCGAGCGUUCAUCAUUUGGCAGUGAGCAGAGCUGCCGCACACAGAUGGGCGCCGGUUUCGUUCAGAGAUCCCAAGGAGACGCUUCCUUACAGUCGUCUGUCACCGGCGAAACGAUUGCAGCCGACAGCAGCUGCAUCAGCAGUGCCAGUAGGUCUUCCUCGGAAAGUAAAGUCUAUUCACGUUCUUUCGUUGCGGAUACUUCGGGAGAGUUGGGCGAACGCACAGUGCCCAUCAAGAUCAUCCAGUCAGAAAAGGACGCCAGAGGCCUGAGUUCAGAGAGCGCUUCUAGCCUGACUGAUAUCUCGUGUAAAGAAUUCGCCUCGUCGUAUAAACAGGAGGAUCAGCUGUCAUCUGGCGCUACUUCCGUGGAAAGGGGGAGAACGGUGCCGAUUCAGAUCGAACAGGCAAGGUCGGAGAAAAGUUUCACCUCCCAAGGUGAGAGCAAUAACCUGGCUCAGCGGGAAAGAAUGGUGCCGAUCGUCGUUGAACGAACGGCCAGCGGCAGCGAAUUGCAGAACGUAACGGUUUCAGGAAACAAGUCAUCGAGCAGCAGCGUGCUAUACAGCCGCAGCUCGACUGCUUCUGAGGCAUCUUCCAAAUCACAGUCUCACUUGAAAUCCCAGUCACAAGCAUCGUCCACAGUUUCUGGUGUCGAUGAGGAAAAAGUCAUACCAGUGAUACACAAGACUACAAUUACAGGGUCACCGAUACAGUCAGGACCGAUGGAACGAGAAGUACCGAUCGAACGAGGGAUACCGAUGGAACGCGAGAUUCCAGUACACGUCGAGGCAUCGACUGAAAGCGCAGAGGUGGCAGAAACUCGCUGCAAGAAUGUUGUUCAAACGACGGAGGGCGUUGGUUCGAAGGCCAUCGAAAGUGGCAUCGAAAAAUAUGAGACAGUAUUCUUCACUCUUGUUCCCUUGCUUGUCGCGGUGAGCGGGUGCGUCGUGGUUCCGUUGCAUCGCGCUGCUUAUCACUUCUGUGCAACGAACGGUUCGAGUUCGAAUGAUUUUACCGAGAAAACUGACUCGCAGAAACUUAGCGUCACCUGCCGCAUGCAUAUAGGCAAACCUGACGACUCACUCACACUGCAGCUGCGACAUAAGCUGGACAUUUGGGGCUCUCAGAGACCCACUUACUACGCCAAGGACGUUACCGACUUGACGAUGGAUAGCAGUUGUAUUUCUUGUCUGGCACCCAGUACUCUCUGCGAGUUGCAGUUCUGUUGUCCCAUUGAGCGGGGAACCCUUUUUUAUCCGUCUAAUUCAUGA